CAUUCAACAGAUCCACGAAUAAGAUCCUAAUAUCCAAUACUUACUGUUCAAAACUUUGCACAUCGAUAGCAAAAUAAUUAAUUAAGUACUUGUGACAAGUGGUUUUUCUCGAUUGGACUAUUGAAGCAAACAUGAUUCCAUUUUACAUUGGAUGGAUAUUACUUUUCCCUACCGGUUGCAUUAGUCAAAACGAACACACAAAAACCUUUUUAAAUAGCAAUGUUGACAAUUCGAACCGAAGCGACACUUACUUGCCAACAUAUGGAAUAAACCAUGUUUGGGCUAUUCAUCAAUUCCGAUUCCACGAGAAACUUAAAUCUAAUCUGAUUGACUCGCCCAUCUUACAAGCACCCACAACCGAUAAAUAUAAGUGGCAAAUUCAGAUACAUCCUAAUGGCAAAGAUAAUAACAAUAAUACGAUUGCUUUGGGCGUAUGUCUGAGCGAAUACAGUGCAGUUAAAGAGGCAACUGCAGAGGCUAAUAUUUCAAUCAUAAAUAAUAAGAAAGAAGUAUUAUUUCACGGAUAUGCACCGCCAGAAAAAUAUGCACGCGGAACAGACAUCGAGUGUUGGGGUUGGAGAGACUUUCGCGAGAAAGAUGAUUAUUUUAGAAAUCAUUUACUCCAAAACGACACAUUAACCCUCUCAAUCCACAUAAAGUGGUUAUCUGAAUCACCAACUGAGGUCAUUCAACAUAAUGUUUCUUCGACCAGUACUGCACCGGAGACCACCACCAUCAAAUUUAAUCUCACUGAGAAUUUGGAAUCGAUGCUCGAAAACCCGAAAUUCGCAGACGUCGUUUUUAUAACGAAUGGAAGCAGUUAUCCAGCCCAUAAAAAUAUUUUGUCCGCCCGAAGUCCGAUUUUCGCUGCCAUGUUUCGAAGAAAAGAUUCGAAAAAUGAAAAAUUGAAAAAAAUCCGUAUAAACGUUACUUCCAUGAACGAAAAAGUACUACGUGCGAUGCUACGGUACAUUUAUACAGGAAAAUGUGAACAGCUAGGGGAACUAACGGACAGAUUAUUUGAAGCUGCUACCAAAUAUGGUGUGAACGGAUUGAGAGAAACUUGCGAACAAGCACAUAAUAAAACUAUGCUUGGUUAAAAAUAGAUCCAUCUUCCUAAUUCAUAAAAAAAAAAAAAAUAAAUAACUUGAGCAAUAAGUUAAGAAUUUUUGUGUACAACCAACUAGGAAAGUUUGUACUUUGAAAAUAUAAUGGAAAAAUUUUAUUGAAAUGAGAUGUGAAUGUAAUGUGUACUACUUUCAAAU